AUGGCCGUCGGCUCCAAGCUACCAGAUCCAGACGGCACAGCUGGACUGAAGCCAAGCUGGAAAUCAUUAUUCGGCUUCACGACCCAGCCUCAUCUACCAGCCUUCAUAAUCGGAGCGCUGUUCGCUCUUUUGGCCGGUUGUGUGACACCGGCUCUCGCUAUUUUCCUUGGAAAUGUGUUCGACGCUUUUACGGCAUUCGGAGCUCGUCAGACCGGAGCUGAUGAGCUUCGUGACAGAAUUGCGACAAACUGUAUCGGCAUGGUUGGGUUGGGGGCUGCUGGCUGGUUCCUCAACGGCGCAUACUUUGCCAUAUUUGUGGCAUUCGGAGAGCUUCAAGUAUCAACUAUUCGAAGCAGGGUGUUUGUUGAACUACUAAAACGCGAUUUUGAAUGGUUCGAAGCGCAGAAAGAAGGCUCGGGGGCUUUCCUCUCUGGGAUUCAGGCGUAUGCCCAUGACUUGCAAAUGGCGACGUCACAGCCACUCGGCCUUCUCCUGCAAUACUCAUGUCGGUCACUGGCAUCGCUAGGUCUGGGAUUUUAUACAUCUUGGAGCCUAUCGCUUGUCACUCUUGCUGGGAUCCCCAUUUUCUCGUCGAUCAUUGCCUUCCUCUCGACCCGAAUGAAAUCAAGCAUCACUGCUCAACAAGCAGAGCUAACCCACGCUUCCAAGGUCGCCAGCAACGCUAUCUCUUCUAUCGAAUCAGUCAAAUGCCUGAAUGGUCAAGCUUCAGAGUCUCGGAGCUUUUCAAGUCGGAUCGAGCAGUCGGCUAGCCAUUAUCUCCGACAAGCCCGACUGAAUUCCCUGCAAAUUUCUUUCAUCCGAUGGAUGAUGUUCGGGAUGUUUGUUCAAGGCUUCUGGUAUGGCAGCUCACUCGCCCGCAACGGGACAUUAACUCCGGGGGAAGUGUUGAGGACAUUUUGGGCCUGCUUGACUGCAGCCCAGUCUAUCGAACAGGUACUUCCUCAGAUGAUCUUCAUGGAAAAGGGAAAGGUUGCCAGCGUGGCUCUCAAGUCCCUUAUCCUUAAUCGCUCAGACAAAAUGGUUGUGAGUGAGGGGAAGGAUACAAUGUAUCCACUUCAUUGCGAAGGAGAUAUUGAGGUGCACAAUAUAUCAUUUGCCUAUCCGGCUCAACCUGACCGAGUCGUCCUGAAGCCAUCCACAUUCUUCUUCCCGGCGGGGGAGACAACUUUCGUGAUUGGCAAAAGUGGUUCUGGCAAAAGCACGCUUAGCCAGCUGCUUAUGCGUUUUUAUACCCCAGUAUCGGGCGAGAUACUCAUCGACGGCAAUCCCAUUCAGGCGCUCAAUCUCAACUGGAUCCGAAACAACGUUACCCUUCUAGAGCAGCGAAGUGUACUCUUCAACGACUCCGUGUUCCAAAAUAUCGCUUUAGGAAGUCCAAACCAGAGAAAUGUCCGUUUGGAAGAUGUGAACAGGUCAAUAGAGCUCGCCAAGCUUCAUAAUACCAUUGAUGGCCUACCCAGAGGCAUCGAUACUUGCGUCGGUCCGGGUGGAAGCUUUCUCAGUGGCGGCCAAAGGCAAAGAGUGGCUAUCGCAAGAGCAAAAUUACGCGACACGCCUAUCUUGAUCCUGGAUGAGCCCACCAGUGCUCUCGAUCAUACCAACCGUGUAGCGGUGAUGAAAGCCAUUCGCGAGUGGCGCGUGGGGAAAACAACUAUCAUCAUUACCCAUGACAUGUCUCAGAUUGUCAAUGAGGACUACCUUUACAUACUGGAAAAUGGGUCAAUUGUGCAUUCUGGAUUCAGAAAACAGAUUGAGAAGCUGCCCGGUACCGAGAAAUAUUUCGGUUCUACAGCAAAGGCCAGCAUGGAUGGUAUUCAACCAAAAUCAGAGCAGAUCAACAAAGAGCUUGAAUCUGACUGGGAUUCAUCAUCGGUGGAAAGCCUUGAAAGCCUGGAAUGUUUACAACUCCCCGUGCCCCAACGUGUACAUCAACAGCGACGGCAAACAUGGGCGCAGCACCACAUCCCUCCCUCAUUUCGCGCCUCUGCGUGGGACGGUCCAGCUAAGACCCUUGCACUCUUGUCAACCUCGCUUGGAGAGUCAGCAGAGAAUGAUUCAUUUCCGCAGAGUAAGCGCGUAUCUUUUUUAGGGGUACCUUGGGCUCCUACUUCUCACAAUGGACCCAACGGGGACGUUGGAAUGUCAACAAGAGAUCUUGAGAUGGUUCGAAUUGAACCUCCUGGCCCGAGAACCGACAGCCUACGCCGCUAUCGGAAAUCAAAACGCUUUUCAAUCGACCGCGCCCCAUCCAUUCUGCAAACACUGAAGCGGCGGAGAGACAAGGAAGAAAUGACUCCCCUUUCCCAAAUAAUGGGAACAAUCAUGCCAAACCUGACAUCAAAUCAGCGCGUCCUCCUGUUUUUCGGGAUCGCCUCGAGCCUCAUUCACGCAAGUGCAACGCCGAUUUUCUCGUACUGCCUGUCUCAGCUGUUCAGCACAUUCUAUACCGGGACCAACAGCGCAAAGCUGACGAUGACCUGGUCGCUGGCUGUACUAGGAGUUUCUUUCGCGGACGGCCUGGCCUCUUUCUUCAUGCACUACUUCCUCGAGUAUUGCGGUGAAGCCUGGAUGGACACCCUUCGGAAAAGAGCCUUUCAACGGGUCCUCGAUCAGCCUCGAGCAUGGUUCGAACAAGAUGGCAAUAGCUCCCAUAGACUCACGUCAUAUCUUGACCAGAAUGGAGAGGACAUGCGCAAUCUCCUUGGCCGUUUCGCUGGGUUCGUGAUCGUAGCAGCUGCAAUUACCGUCAUGGCGAUCAUCUGGAGCCUGAUAGUUUGCUGGAAGUUGACUUUGGUCGCUCUGGCAUGUGGCCCUGUGAUUUACGCCAUAACAAGAGGAUUUGAAGGGGUCAACGGACUGUGGGAACGACGAUGCAAUGAAGCCAGCAGUUCUGUGACUGAUGUUUUCACAGAAACCUUUUCAGAGAUUCUUACUGUGAGGACGCUUACACUGGAGGGAUACUUUCACCGCAAACAAGCAACGGCUAUCACACGGUCCCUGGCAAUGGGGUUGAAGCGAGCCGCAUACACAGGGCUGCUGUUUGGUAUGGUUGAGUCAACUGUUAUAUUUGCAAGCGCUCUUAUUUUCUACUAUGGUGCAAUUCUGGUCGCCUCCGAAUUCACAGUCAAUGAGGUCAUGCAAGUGUUCUCGUUGCUUCUUUUUAGCAUCGGGUAUGCCGCGCAAAUCCUAUCAUGGAUUCCGCAAAUCAACACCUCGCGUGAAAUAGCGACUCAACUUCUGCGCCUUGCAAAGCUCCCUGGAGGCUCACACGAACAUCGCGGCAGACUGAAGGUGUCGACUUUGACCCCAAUCAAGCUCACAAACGUCAACUUCCGAUAUCCUUCUCGCCCAAAUACCUUGGUUCUGAAAAAUGUCUCCAUCAGCAUCGUCAAAAACUCCUGCUCUGCCAUCGUGGGACAGUCAGGAUCCGGUAAAUCAACCAUUGCCUCGCUGCUCCUCUCACUCUACGAAGCACCGGUCUCCAGAAACGGUCGUCCCACGGUGACACUCGGGGGCCAAGACAUCCUAAACCUACAUGUUCCAACACUUCGCUCGCAGAUAGCAAUUGUCUCACAGCAGCCGAAUAUUUUCCCGGGUACCAUCUUUGCCAACAUCAGCUAUGGCAUGGAGAAGACCUCCGCACUAUCAUCGAUGCCCGCAAUCCGCGCCGUAGCACAAGCAGCCGGGAUAGAUGAUUUCAUCAUGUCGCUUCCCAGGAGUUACUUCACGGUCAUAGGUGACGGUGGCAUCGGAUUAUCGGGCGGUCAAAAGCAGCGCGUGGUUAUCGCUCGCGCACUCUUUCGCCAACCUCAAGUCCUCAUCCUCGACGAAGCCACAUCAAGUCUUGACCCCGAAGGAGCAGAGAUCGUGCGCCAGACUAUCAAACAGCUCGUCUCUGAACGGCGCGGCCUCACGGUUAUUAUCAUCACGCACUCGAAGGAGAUGAUUGAGAUUGCGGAUCAUGUCGUUGUUCUGGAUCAGGGUGUUGUUGUGGAGGAUGGGCCAUACCGUGUCUUGUCGCAGAGGGUGGGCGGCAAGUUGCAUGAGCUGAUCAAUGAUUCUCAAGAACACUAG